AUUGAAUUGGUCAAACUUAGACAACUUGAGCAACCAGAAUUUGAAAGUAGACCAACCUCUCCAUCACACAAAGAUUGAAAACGAAGUCAAUUCACAUUUAAAUAUAAAGACAGAAGAGAAUUCAUUCACUCUCUCACACAAUUCAUAAAACAGAGCUUUUUCUGCAAAAAUCAUUAAUAAGUGAUGCAGGUUAUGAGAAGGAUCCCAUCAGGAGAAGGCGCAGAGAUGCGUGAAAUAUCAGAGACGACACGGGUGAGACGUAGGAGUCACGGUUCGGCUCUGAGAGUUCGACAGGCUUGCACGUGUUCGGGACGGCCUGGCUCGUCCAAGUGCGUGAGGCAUGGGUUUAUGGUGCCGAGUGACGGAAGCAGAGAGGUGUUGCGAAGAGCUUUGACGCCUCCGAUCCGGCGGAUGAAUCUCCGGUGGUUGAAUUUCCGACCAACACCUAGCAGACUCUGUAGAAUGUCUUCAGUUUGAUUUUAAAAUUUGGAUACUCUCAUAACUGAGAACUUUUCUUUUUGGUUUGAAUGUAAAUAAAAAGUUGAAAUUUUUGUUGUUCUAGUAAUGUUGGAAAUCCACUAAGAUUGAGAUCCAUUUACAGA